UGCUCAGUGUUACGUGCCACAGCUGGUCCCUGCUGUUGAUGCCGCUCGGGGGUUGGUUGGGCUAUGGAUUCCGGGCUACAGAAAUUGCGCCCUUGACCCUUGAGCCGCCCGUGAACGGCUUGGAUAUGGAUAUGGGCGCGGCAGAUGCCUGAACUCCAAAAGGACUCCACUUGGGUCCCCACGGAGAACUGCGAUCCCGGCUCAGAGUGCAUAGAGUCAGGAUGACCUCCUGCCUGAGUUGUACCUCCCACGGACCUCCCAGGUCUGACUCGAGUAACCCCACGGAGAAUGAGAGUCCUGACCGGACAGACUUACAGAACAUAAGGCCUGGAUUAAGGUCUACAGAGGAUGGAUCUUAACUUGUGGGGCCUCCUGAAGCGGGAGGGUCCUAACUUAGUGGAUCCAGUCUGGGCUGGGGUCCACAAAGAGGAGGGUUCUGACUUGUGGAGCCUUUUAGAGAGACAAAACCAAACAGAACGUGAGGGUUUGGUUGAGGUCCCCUUGUGGGAGGCGGGGUUCUGACUUUGGAUCCUCAGGAAUGAAACAUGAUAUUCUUGGCUGAGAUCUUCCGAGGGCGCGGGUUUUGAGGGAAAUAGGGGUCCUGAAUUGGUUAGUCCCAUGGAAAAGGGACAGGAUUCUAACUACGCAGAUGUUUAAGGACAAGAUUCCCUCUUGUGUGUGCUGGAUGCAGGGGACAGAUCGCCUUUUUGGCUCUGUUGAACGAGUUCUGACGUCCCUACGGCCCCGCAUUUUGGGCUCCCGGCUGCUAGGAGUCCCCCACCACCCCUCCUCUCCCGAGGGGUGGGGGCAGGCGGGGGGCGGUGCCUGGCAGUGGGGCGGGCUCAGUGGCGAGGGAGCAUUCGUCGGGCAGCGGGGCGCGGGACGCACGGGGCCGGGGAGGCGCCCUCCAUCGCCAUGGACCUGAUGUCAGCGCUGAGCCUGGGCGAGCUAGCGCUCAGCUUCUCGCGGGUGCCGCUCUUCCCUGUUUUCGACCUCAGCUACUUCAUCGUCUCCAUCAUCUACCUGAAGUAUGAGCCAGGAGCUGUGGAGCUGUCCCGGCGCCACCCUGUGGCGUCCUGGCUGUGUGCCAUGUUGCACUGUUUUGGGAGUUACAUCCUGGCCGACCUGCUUCUUGGGGAGCCCAUCAUUGACUACUUCAGCAACAGCUCCAGUAUCCUGCUGGCCUCUGGAGUGUGGUACUUGAUUUUCUUCUGUCCCUUGGACCUCUUCUACAAGUGUGUCUGCUUUCUGCCCGUAAAACUCAUCUUUGUGGCUAUGAAGGAGGUGGUGAGGGUCCGAAAGAUCGCUGUGGGCAUCCAUCACGCACACCACCACUACCACCACGGGUGGUUCAUCAUGAUCGCCACCGGGUGGGUCAAAGCCCCACCAAGGCCAGUCUGUAUGGAGCCAUCCUGUUCACCUUGCAGCAGACUCGCUGGCUCCCAGUGUCCAAGGCCAGCCUCAUUUUCGUCUUCACCAUGUUUAUGGUGUCAUGUAAGGUGUUCCUGACAGCCACACACUCCCACAGUUCUCCAUUUGAUAUCCUGGAGGGUUACAUCUGCCCAGUGCUGUUUGGGGCAACUUGGGGAGGCGACCAUCACCAUGACAACCAUGGAGCACCACAUGGCAUGGGACUAGGCACCCAGCACUCCGGCCUGCCUGCCAAGGCCAAGGAAGAGCUGGGCGAAGGAUCCAGGAAGAAGAAGACCAAGAAAGCGGAUUAGGGGUUGGCCCCAGGAAUCCACUGCGUGCUUGGUAGAAGGAUGUGGACUCAAAGAAACUCAGAACUUAGGGGCAUUCAGGGCUCAGACCCUCCCCUCCCCCCGCCCUGCUCUCUACCACCCUCAACUUCCCCAUCUGCAGUUUGGAGCCAUCAGCAAUUCCAAGGGCUGAUGUGGGCUAAAUUAGUGUGGAGGAAUUCAACAGAUGUGGAAAACCCUGCCCUCUGCCAGACCCCUCAAAAGGUCACAGCCUUUGGGGGCACACAGUCUAGGCCCAAAGCCCUGGCUGGUAGGCUCUUGGUUUUCAUUCUGUGUUCUGUCUAAUUAUAUCUUGUAACUAAAAGAAUUUAAAGCCACAUGGAGACUCAAUUAUCUAGAUCCUCUCGAGAGCCAGGUGCUGGGGUCCCAUGUCCUUCCGCACUCAGGACCUCCCUAGAAUUUUGUGACUCCUGCUGGACAUCUUUAGGCAAAUGGCCUUCCUUCUCUGAGCCUUCUGUUUCUGUUCUGUAGCAUGGAGACCCCAGGUCCUCCUGUGUACAAAAGGGUCUUUAUAAUUUCAAGCAGUUGCUUAAGCAGCGUGCUAGUGAGAAGGAGACUGGAGCAGCAUGAAGGACAGUGGCAGGCUGCUUGGUAUGUAGGCCAUUUGUGUUUGAGGCCAGAAGGUCUCACCAGAUACUCAGCUGAGCAUGAGCAGGCACAUUUAGGGCAGACUGCUAACAGGAGGGGGGCUUGAGUUCCUAGGUGCCCACAGGUAAGAGGUGUGGGUGCAGAGCAGAGGGUCCAAGAGCCAACAGCCUUGGUUACUCACAAUUGGGCUCUGGGUGUAUCAGGUGUCCCUCAUGCCUGAUCAGCAUAGUUCAUUCAGUCAUUCAACAAACACACAGAUCCACACAUGCUCGCUAUACAGUGUCAUGCUGCUCCUCUUAGGAGCGAGCCUUAUACAGGGGAAGGGCCAUGGUCGCCAAAGUCUCCAGGGCACCUGAGAGAGGUGAGCAUGGGGUCCUGCUGGUCUCAGGCUUAUGUGAGGCUCAGAUCUAGUUGAAGUACCCAGUGUAGCCCAUUUGUUGAGAAAAUGCUCCUCAUAACUUUGCCUGGAGGUAGGGUAGGCCCUGAGGCUGGAAGCUCCCGAGUUUCAUCCCCUUGAUGUCAAUCAAAGCUCAGUGUGAGUGAUCAGCCAAUAAAUCUGGUGCGAGUAAAUCAA